AUGAUGUCUCUCUUCUUCGUUUUGUCAUGCUUCUUGUUGGCCAUGAUGCCAACGGCAUUCGGGAGUUACGAAACGGACCCGCCUCCCACGUCGUCCCCCUCAAUUGCAAAUAUCUUGGUUGAUGGAGACAAGUCGGUUACUCUCAAAGUGACAACUGUCACCUAUAUCAGCGCCAAGAACUCUACCACGGUGGUGCCUAUUUUGACUCUGUCGACCGUGGUUGAAGAAAUCGCCCAAGAGUCUGUUGCUGUCCUCACCGUUCCAGCUUCCCCUGCCUCGGAGACUAAGAGCGCACCCACGCCAUCGGUAAGUACAGUUCCGACCCCAUCGAGCUCAAGCAGCAGUCAACGUGGUGCAAAAAACAAUGCCAACGGUGGAAUGACCCACGAUGAGCCUUCCCCUAUCACAUUUGCGAGCAGCGAACACAAUGGUGUUCAGGCUACCCCAACCUCAUCAUCUACUGUUGAGGUUGUUUCUGUUGUUGAUCUUGUCUCUACUGCUCGUGAUCAGGGUGCUGUUGACGCUCAGGCGACUGUUGACACCUCUACUACCCCUGUUAUUGAGACUACCUUUACCGUUCUGGCUACUGACGAUGCUCAGGACAAGCCUAGUGUUCACGUUCGCGACUGGAACGCCGCCGAACGAACAAGAAGAGUCAGUCCCUCGAACAUGUUUACCACUCUCUAUGGAACCAGAAAGCCGUCCAACCCUACGAACGGUCCCCCCAUCACUCGGGGCAUACGAGAUUUUCCGUUUUUGGGGAAAACAACCCUCGUCGGAACCCGCGAGCCAUCCACCCUGACGCACGGCAAUCGAAUUCGCGAGAACCAAGACGGAAUGGACCCUAUCCAAGCCCGCGACACCUUGUCUACCUCUACCUCGACCGCCCUCCCCCCUGUCCCGGACGCCGAAACCCCUUCUGCUCUCAAUCUGGAACCCAAGGGGAGCGAUAUGGAGAACAAGGACAAGGCCGAGAAUGUGCGCCUUCUUCUGAAGGAGAAGAGCUUCUGGGAUUUUCUGAAGCACGUCUUUUGCUUUAUCGAUGUUUACUGUGAUGACGAUGCCACCGAUGCCUGGAAGGAAAAGAAGAAAAUACUGGAAUCGCAACUGGGCAACUGGAUGGUGGAGCCAAUCGCCGCGGCGACGGCGACGACGGCGGGUCUCACCCCUGACCCUUCUUCGAUGGCCACUACCUCUUUUGCCUCUUACUCUAGCCCUACCUCUGCCCCUACCUCUGCCUCCUCUGCACCGACCCUUGACCAGGACCCGGAACCCCAUGCAAAGAGGAGCAACAACACCGACAACACCGACAACAUUGACACCAACGAGAUGGGCAACAUGAAUGUGAAUGUGUCACAUGCGACGGAAGGCUUCUGGGAUGGUGUCGCGGAAGGGGCCAACAAGUUCUUUGAUGGUGUCGCGGAAGGGGCCAGCAAGUUCUUUUGCUGGCUUCUUCCUUUUACUUGUCAUCAUUGA